AUGACACCCCUCAGCAGCAUCCUGAGCAACCAAGCAGCCCUAUUUAGAGAGAGCACUGCCUGCUUCACAUGGAGAGGGGUAGUAGAAAAGGUUCACCUAAACAAAGUUCAUCUCCUCUAUACCCAGUUGGCUAGCAGUGGUCAACGGGCAUCUUCAGAGUGGCUAAACAAACAUGGAAACAAGACCGAAAAAUGUAAGCAGGACUUGAAAGUUGCCUGCUGGAAUGUCAGGACCAAGCUUGACAAGGCUGACAGCAGCUGUCCAGAACAUUGUUCGGCUCUCAUAGCUCAUGAACUCUCCUGUCUCAAUAUUGACAUAGCAGCUCUCAGCGAGGUCCACUUCACUGACGAGGGCAGCCUCAAAAAAUGCGGCGCUGGCUACACCCUCUUCUGGUCUGGGAAACCAUCAUCUGGAAGACGCCUGUCGGGUGUAGGACUCAUGGUGAGGAAUUCGAUCACAUCCAAACUGGAAACGUUACCCACGGGCUACUCGGACCGCAUCAUAUCCAUGCGCCUACCACUGGAGAGCAAACAACAUCUCACUCUCUUCAGUGUUUAUGCUCCAACACUACUGGCAGAUCCUGCGGACAAAGACAGCUUCUAUUCUGAUCUGCGCAGACCCUUGAACAACACCCCUGCAAACGACAAGGUCCUGAUCCUUGGAAACUUCAAUGCAAGAGUUGGGAGAGACUCUGAGGCUUGGAAAGAAAUCCUUGGAAGAAACGGCGUUGGUAGCUGUGAUGACAACAGGCACCUCCUGCUCGAGUUCUGUACAGAGCACCAACUUGCUAUUAUCAACACAAUCUUCCAACUGAAAGACCAUCUGAAAACAUCUUGGAUGCAUCCUCAGUCCAAACAUUGGCUUCUACUUGACUAUGUGCUUGAAUGCCAGUGGGACCUGAAAGAUGUUCUACACACAAGAGUGAUGCCCAGUGCAGAGUGCCACACCAAUCACCGCCUUGUCUGCUGCAAGCUCAAACUGCAGCUCAAACCCAAACCCAAGAAGAAAGGUAACCCAAUAAAGAAACUCAAUGUCAGCAGCCUGUGCCGGGAGGAAGUGAAAGUCAAGUUCCAAGCAGAUCUGCAGCAAAAGCUGGACAAAUCCCCUUGCACUAAUGACACCACCCCAGAUAUCUUGUGGGAGAACCUGAAAUCAGCCAUCCUUAAGACAUCUGAGGAAGUUCUUGGGCACACAAAGAAGAAAAACAAUGACUGGUUCCAUGAUAAUGACAAGGAGAUCCAGGAAUUACAAGCAAGGAAGAGGGCAGCUCCUCAGGCCCACCUUGCACAACCAGCCUGUCCUGUAAAGAAAUCUACCUUUCGACGUGCAUGCAGCACCCUACAGUGUAAACUCAGAGAAAUACCGAAUAAGUGGUUGGACCACCUGGUGUGGAGAACCCAGCUGUGCGGUGACCUCGGAAACUAUAGAGACUUCUAUGAGGCUCUGAAAGCAGUGUAUGGCCCCACCCACUAG